AUGGCCGAUAAAAGCGCAUUUGUACCGGUGGAAGCGAUGAGUAGCGGUACGAAACGUCCGGCUGAAUUGGACAUCGAUAUUGAUGACGAUUAUUUCGGAGCGUCGCAGAACUCAGCGCCCCCUCCCCCCCCACCCCCACCACCCCCACCACCACCACCACCACCAGCCCCUAAGAAGAAGAUUGUCUAUAAGAAGUCGAAGACCUAUCAGAAGACGUAUGCAUACAAAAAGAAAUAG